UUGGGUUUUGCUUAAUAUCCGCUCCGCUCGGCGCUCGUGUAUUGUAUUGUAUUCUCUUCUCCUUCUGCGUGCAACAAAGUGUCAACGCCUACAAAAGCCGCUUCCCCCGAAGCUUCCCUCCCCUCUUCCUCCAUAGCCCGCUUUCUCUUUUUUCUCUUCCCCUUUUCUUUUCCCCUCGUAUGCUUAUGCUUCCCUCUUUUUACUUUCCCAUUUUUCAGCCAUUUAUAAGCGCCCCAGAUACCCCACUUCCUCUCAUUCCUCCUCCUUCGCCGCUCCCACAAUCACAGUGAUUUUUGAGAUAUUUCUGCCAAAAAUGGAGGUUGGUGAUGAUGCUCAUGGUAAUUUGGGGGUGACUCGGAAGAGGAAGAGAAGUGAUGGGGAAACCAACACGUUGAGCAACUUCUCUCUGGAUGAUCUCAAUCAAGACAUUCUCGAAAGGGUGCUUUCGAGGCUACCGACCUCGGCGUUCUUUCGACUUUCUUCAGUGUGCAAAAGAUGGAAAUCAGUUGCAGCUUCUUCGAGUUUCAAGUGUGCGUGUUCGGACAUUCCUGCACGUGACCCAUGGUUUUUCAUGGUUGAUCCACAUCUCAACCGCUCGAUUGUCUUCGACUCGACGGAGAACAAUUGGAAGAAACUUAACUAUCCACCACUCCUUCAGAAUCGCCAUCUCGAUUCUAUACCUGUUGCAGCCUCUGGUGGUUUGAUCUGUUUUCGCAACUUAUGGGGCAACUUCGUUGUAUCCAAUCCUUUAACUGGCUCAUGUAGUGAACUUCCUCCAGUAGACCUUCACCAAAUGGGGCAAUCUCUUCAUGCCAUUGUGAUGAGCGGAGACCCGAACGGUUGUAAAGGAUCUUACAAGCUUGUGUUGGUCUAUGGCCAACUUCCUAAGCUCCGGUUCAAAGUCUACCGUUCGACCACGGGUUGCUGGGACGAUGAUAUUACAUUGAGUAGAAAGGUUGAUGAUUCUAUUGAAUUUAACUUAAAUGAUGAUACUGUUGUGUACUUCCUGAGCAGAACAGGGAAUGUAGUGUCCACAAAUAUGCAGAGAAGCCCUUCGAAGCAAUACUCGUCAGUGAUUACGAACAAAAGCGGGGACAAUAUCGUCUAUUUCAUAAGCUCCUCCGGGACUAUCAUGGCUUGUAACCUGAGCAAGAGAUGCUUCGUGGAGUACCCCAGGCUGUUGCCUGUUUUCUCAGAGUACUCCAUCGACGUGGUGGAGUGUCGAGGUGAGAUGCUAGUUGUUAUGUUGUCUGAGUUUCUUGAAACUUCAAGCCUUAGAGUUUGGAGGUACGACGAGGAAACUCGAACUUGGCAUCAAAUUGCAGCAUUGCCUCCUGCAAUGUCCCACGAGUGGUAUGGCAAGAAGGUCGAUAUAAACUGUGUCGGUGCUGGUGACCAGAUACUCAUAUGCAUGAACUCGAACGAGCUUUAUACAUAUCUAUUAUGCGAUCUCGUCGAGAAUCAGUGGACCGAAUUGCCGAAAUGCUGUACGAAUGGUGAAGCUGUGGAGUUUAUGUCUGCCUUUUCAUUUGAGCCUAGGAUUGAGGCUUCUGUAUGACAUCAGAAGGAAAUAACAUCAUUGAAAUUUGACCAUUUGUAUUUUAAUUAAUUCUGUAAGCUUUCAUAUUUGUUUUUAAUUUUUUUUUCUUCUUCUCUUAGCUGACUUAGCUAAUGGAAUUCAAGAAGUUUGAGAAUAGAAGGUGAGAGAGAGGGAGGGAGAGAUGUAGAUUCUUUCUUAAUAACCUGCCGGUUAAUAUCCAAAUAUUAUGCCAAUUUUACUGUUCAUUUUGAAA